UCUCACUACAAGGAUAAUGAGGAAAAGACGGAGCUGGAAACGUCAGUGUAACUUGAAGUGAUGGAUACUAAGAGUGUUUGAGGAACCCUUUCAUCUGACCCAAUGGCAAAGAAAGGCCGCGCCAAGGGCGAGAAGCCUGAAGCACUCAUCUCUGCCUUACAGGCAGCCAAUGAAGAUCUCAGGUCGAAAUUAACCGAUAUUCAAAUUGAACUGCAUCAAGAGAAAUGCAAGGUGACCAAGUUGGAGCGAGAAAAGGUGCAGGAAGGCAAGCGCAUUCGUGAACAGGAGCAGCAUCGGCAUACGGUGAUGCUGACGGAGCAGCGGGCUCGCUGGCACGAGGAGAAGUUAAAGGAACUCGCAGCUCUGAGAGAAUCGCUGACACGGCAGCACGAGCAGGAGUUAGCACGUACCGCAAAGAUUAAAGAAGGCGAGAUCCAGCGUCUGCGGACUGCGCUCAGUGCACUGCGCGAUGGCAGCGGCGAGAAAGUGCGCACUGCUCUAACGCUAGAGGCCCGAGAGGAAGCCCGCCGCUUCUUUGACCACGAGCGCGUCAAGCUGCUGCAAGAAAUAGUCGAGCUAAAAUCCUCCAAACGACAGAAGGAUGAAGCACUUAAUACUAUAAUUUUAGCUGACAAGAUGAAGGCAGGUGACCUGCGCUCUGAACAUCAAGCGCACCAGGAGCAAAUUUCCAAGAUCAAGUGGGACAGUGAGCGAGAUGUUCGUCGACUGGUGGAUGAGAUCAAGGCAAAGGACCGGACGAUCUUCGCGCUAGAGAAAGAGCUGGAAACAGCGACAGGCUUCGUGCAGAAGCUGAUGCUGCAGAAGGAUGUGCUUGAUGAGCAGCUGUUUCUGGUGAAAGAGGCAGAAUGCAACCUGGGUAGCCCCAAAAGAGAGAUCCCCGGCCGCGCUGGAGAUGGAGCAGAGCACUGUGGGAGUCCGGACAUGAGAAGAAACCAGAAACGCAUGAGUGAACUCAAAGCCACCAUUCGUAAACUGGAGGACCGCAAUUCAAUCUUAGUGGAUGAAAGAAACGAGCUGUUGAAGCGUGUUCGAGAAACAGAGAAACAGUGCAAGCCGUUACUGGAGAAGAACAAAUUAUUAAGUAAGAAAAAUGAUGAACUCAGUCAUUCCCUUCAGAGGACGGAGGACAAGCUUAAAUCCAUAACCAAGGAGAACCUGGAAAUGAAGGAGAAGAUUACCUCCCAUCCUCCACUGAAGAAACUCAAGUCUCUGAAUGAUCUGGAUCAGGCCAGCGACGAUCAAGAGAUUGAGUUCCUCAAACUGCAGGUUCUCGAGCAGCAGAGCAUGAUCGAUGAGCUGACACGAGAUAGAGAAAAACUCUUGAGAAAGAAGAGGCAUAAACGAAGCAGACCUAUAAAGAGGCAUAUUGUUGUAGACACAUUCUAUGGGUAUGAUGAAGAGUCCAUGGAUUCAGAAACUUCCUCCGUGGCUUCCCUGCGCAUGGAUCGAACCCCGGCUACGCCAGAUGAAGAUUUAGACGAGGGUCUGGCGGCUGAAGAGUCUGAAUUGCGCUUUAAGCAGCUGACACGGGAAUAUCAGGCUCUUCAAAGAGCCUAUGCUCUGCUGCAGGAGCAGAAAGGAGGUGUGCUGGACGCUGAAAUGGAGGCUAAGGCUCAUGAGCAGCUCCAGGCAGACGUUCAAAGGUAUAAAGCUAAAAUUGAAGACCUGGAAAACGAGCUCGCUUUAAAAGGACAGGACUCCAGAUGGGUGGAAGAGAAGCAACUGUUCUUCAGGCGCAAUCAAGAGCUGCUGGUGAAGGUUGAAAAGUCUGAGAAUGAAAACGGAAAGCUGCAGCAGGAGCUACAGGACUCUAAAGAUCAGAACGAACUCCUGGAGUUUCGCAUUCUUGAGCUGGAGAAAACAAUCAUUCUGGCAAAAAGACAAACAAUUCGACAGUAUUACCGCUGGCCCGCUUUUAGACUUAAGGAAAAACGAAAGAGAGCGUUUGCAUCUGACGUAAAGGGUAUUUCACAGUAUAAUAAGGUCAUUUUUCCUGUAUUGGAUGUUAGAAGCUUAAAUUAUUACGCAGAUGUCAUUUGUGAGAUGCAGUGCAAGACAGAUGCAUUAAUUAUUAUCAUCUACGACAUGACUGUUGACUUGCAGGAGAUGUUCUGCAAACAGAAGGGUUAUCUGGAGGAGGAGCUGGACUACAGGAAGCAGGCGCUGGAUCAGGCCUAUAUGCAAAUCCAGGAGCUGGAGGCCACCCUGUACAACGCACUGCAGCAGGAUAAAGUCAUCAAAUACGGAGAACCUCUGGACGAGCUGCAGAAGGACGAGUUACGCGCGGCUGUGGAGAAACUGCGCAGACAGAUGCUGCGGAAGAGCCGAGAGUAUGACUGUCAGGUGCUGCAGGAGAGGAUGGAGCUGCUCCAUCAGGCCCAUCAGAGGAUCAGAGACCUGGAGGAUAAGACUGACAUCCAGAGGAGACAGAUUAAAGAUCUAGAGGAGAAGUUUUUAUUUCUCUUUUUAUUCUUCUCUCUUGCCUUCAUUCUUUGGCCUUGAUGUCUGUGACAUCUCCUGCGGAGGAUCUGAAGCAACCUGGAGCUGUCGCAUGCAACUGCAGUCUUCCGGUUGCAAUGACUCAAGGUGUAUUAGUGGCUGUUUUGUUUUGGUUGUGUAGAAGUGGGAAAGUCAGAGUUAAUGAUUAUAGACUACAUUGGGAUUAUCUGGAUUCAACCUCUGUGGAGGACCAGCACAGAACGCUUAAAAUCACACUUACAGAUCAAUACAAGUGUGACAAAACAUAAUCAUCAACCCAAGUAGAGGAUUAUAAAUUAUCUCUGCCAUGCAGGGACCCGUCAUGACCACGUCUUUACUGCAUCUACUGCGACUGCUACCAACCAGAACCCACAGAUCUCUUUCUUUCUCACUCUGUCUGCUUGUCUGUCUGUCUGCCUCUCCUCCCACACACACUUUGGGAAAUUAGAAGCGAAAUGGAUGCUUUUGCAGACACACACACACACACACACACACACACACACACACACACACACACUCUCUCACACACACUUACACACACACACAUCCUCUCACAGGAGCUAUGGGUGCUGACUCAGGGCCUGUUAGUGAGGUGACUGUUGCAUCUCUGUUAUCAGGACCCUUAGGAGAGGUGUCUUCCUCACUGCCUGAAAACAGAAAGGACAAAGAGACAGAUUGAGAGAGAAAGCGAGACCAUCCACACUAGCAGUUUUCGUUUACCCCUAUAAAGUUGAGUAGACUGAAAAAGUAAUUCUGAGCAGCCUGGUUUUUACAUUUUUUUACACUGGGCCUCAUUCCUCCAUCACAAGCAAAACAUUUUUGUAAAUCAUUCUUUAAAUCAUUCUUAAGGUUUACGCAACAAAAGAAUUGUUGCACAGCUUGUGCAACUAAAACAAUUUUUAUGUAACAUGCUACAGUUUACGAAAGUCGUGAUGAAACGGAAGUAGCGACAGAACUUUUAUUAUGUAUUGUGACGUACACCUAAAUGUAACCGAUUAUAGAAAAUAAAAAAUGUACUUGGUGUUAUGCAUAUAUUGGUUGUUGAUUGUAUUUUGCGAUGAGGGCAUUGCACUUGAAUAAAUGAGCUUGCAGUCGAUUGUAAAACAGGAGCAGGGUUUAAACUGACUGUAUGAUUGGAGUAAUUCUGCAUACAUUGCCAGAGAAAAGUCUGAUGAUUCACCGGAAGAUCCAUCUAUGACAUUUUGAUAAAAAAUCGCAAGGUCAAAUUUUUUUUUUAAUGAAACAUACACGUGGAAGCUUGUUUCCACCACUGAAUAAAAAUAAAAAAGGUUAUUGCGACUUCUUAUCUCACGAUUCUGACAUUUUCUCGCAGCUGUGUGAUAUAAACUUGCAAUUCUGACUUUUUUUCUCCCCGAAUUUUCUCACUAUAGUGAGAAAAUGUCAGAAUUAUGAGAAAAAAGUCAGAAUUGUGAGUUUAUAUCCCGCA